AUGGGAUACACCGCUCAGGUUGCCCCUUACACCUACAACGACAUCAUGCCUCGGCUCAGGAAAAACGCCCAGUUAGCUGCUGCGACCUGUACUGGUGGAGCUAGUGGGACUGCCUGCGGGUUAAAAUGGAACACUGGACCUAAAUUUGAUGGUAUCAUGGGCCUCGGUGAACAGUUGAGCGCGCUUGAGGUCAUUCAGAAUACAGCCCCCUUUGUAGCCCCGGUAGGCUACCUGGUGGAUAUAGACAACGGAGGAGUUUCUAAGUCGAACCCGAAUGGAACAGGUACCCGGGGUGGUGUGCACAACCGAAACUCCCAGUAUCUCCCGUAUCGGUUGAGAAACUACGACAUCACUCUCGCAGAUCGUGUAGGUGCCGCUAUCAUUACGCUCGUUAUUGUCGUUGUUUUUGCCCUCGGUGCGAGGUUCACAAUGAUUCAUUAG